AAAUUUCAAAUCAUUCUUGUUCUCCCUCACAAUAAAUUCUUUCUCUCCCUUCUGAAAACUUUUUCUUAAAAAAGCCUCAAACACACACAAAAACACUAUUUCUCGUGAACCAUAACAGCUAGACAUGGCUUCAUCACAGUGGACAAUUCCAAAACUUGUGACUUGGAGAGUCAAAGAUUGGGCUUCCUGUUUCUUGGCUUGCAAGAUUCCUCUUGAUGUAGAUGAAGAUGGAGUUAAUAGUAACGGAAACACUACGAGCAACAACAGUAAUCUAACGUUCAAGAGGAUAAAGAGGAAGAUGAAGAGUACUAAGAAGAAGAGAUCAGAGAGGAAACUCAGUCUAAGCCCACCGGGGACACGUCAUCAUCAUCUUCAUCUAAGAAGCAGCAGCGUUUCUCCUACGACGUCGGCGUCUCAGCACCGGCGGUUGAGCUGGCCGCAGCAACCAGUUUCUGACGAAUCUGGAUUCAUUGUGUUCUGCUUCGACCGUGAAGAUGGAGGUUUCGAUGUGGUUAAAGAGGGUAAACAAGAGAAGAAAGAGAACGAAUCGUCUCCGGGAAAGUCACCGAGGACGGUGAAUCGUAAGCUAAUUUAUAAAGAUCAAGGAGUAGGAGGAACAGAGAAGAAUAAUAACUCUCCGGAGAUUAAAGGAACAGAACAAGAGCAGAGCGAUAACGCUUCAAGUCAAGAAACUGAAGAUGUAUCUUGUGAUGUUACAGAUGUAAUGUUUUUCUUAAGAUGUAAUUUCAACUUCAUAGUACAUGAGAAUUUACCAUUUUUGUGUAUAUAUUUGUUUUGUUUUGUGCUGCUGUUUCAGAAAACUAAAGAAGAAGAAGAAGAGGAGAUUGAUGCAUCUGAUAAAUCGAGCGGGUCUAAUAACUCAGACGAAGGAAGGGGUUCUUUUGCGUUUCCCAUAUUAGGCGUAGAGUGGAUGGGAAGCCCUGUUAAGAUGCCUGAAUCAGAUGACUUGUCUCCCAAGAAACAAAAGCCAGUUGCUUUAGGUUUCCAAUGCUGUAGAUUCUGAAAAAGUAUAAGACAUAUUCCAAAAAAGUUUCUGCUAUUCUUUUGUUUCUACUCUGUUUCUGAGUACAGAAUUACUCUAAUUUACAAUCUUUGAUCAGACAA